GCCGCACGCGUGAUGUGUGGGACAUAAUGGUGGAUAGGUAGGGAACACACUUUAGCUCGGUAAGAGUAGCUCAUCAACUGUUGAUCAAUUUACACUCGCAGUCUUGGACUCUUGGCCUGCUCUGACUCGACAGCUGCUCGCCGCCGCUCCCCGCUCGGACUGAACGACACCCUGGAUCGCAACAAAAUGCCGAAUAUCAAAAUAUUCAGCGGCAGCUCACAUCCGGACCUAUCUCAAAAGAUAGCAGACCGCCUGGGUCUCGAGCUGGGGAAGGUCGUUACGAAGAAAUUUAGCAACCAAGAAACAUGUGUGGAGAUAGGGGAGAGCGUACGUGGGGAAGAUGUCUACAUCGUGCAGAGUGGCUGUGGCGAGAUCAAUGACAAUUUGAUGGAGCUGCUGAUCAUGAUCAACGCCUGCAAGAUCGCCUCUGCCUCCCGGGUCACGGCUGUCAUCCCCUGCUUCCCGUAUGCCCGCCAAGACAAGAAGGACAAGGUGGGGAGCCGCGCCCCUAUCUCUGCCAAGUUGGUGGCCAACAUGUUGUCAGUGUCAGGUGCCGACCACAUCAUCACCAUGGACUUGCACGCAUCACAGAUACAGGGAUUCUUUGAUAUUCCUGUUGAUAACUUGUAUGCAGAGCCAGCUGUGCUAAAAUGGAUCAAAGAGAACAUCCCUGAAUGGAAAAACUGUACCAUCGUCUCACCAGAUGCAGGAGGAGCCAAGAGGGUCACCUCAAUAGCAGACAGAUUGAAUGUGGACUUUGCUCUUAUCCACAAGGAGAGGAAAAAGGCAAACGAGGUCGACCGCAUGGUUCUUGUUGGAGAUGUGACAGACCGGGUUGCCAUUCUAGUUGAUGACAUGGCUGACACAUGUGGUACAAUAUGCCAUGCUGCUGACAAACUAAUUUCUGCUGGUGCCACCAAGGUGUAUGCCAUCCUAACCCAUGGCAUCUUCUCUGGCCCAGCUAUCUCACGCAUCAACAAUGCCUGCUUUGAAGCUGUGGUGGUCACCAAUACAAUCCCUCAGGAGGAGAAGAUGAAGCAUUGUCCCAAAAUACAGGUUAUUGACAUCUCCAUGAUCCUUGCAGAGGCCAUCCGUAGAACUCACAAUGGCGAGUCUGUGUCGUACCUGUUCAGCCAUGUCCCCUUGUAACAAAUCGUGUCUGCCAUCCACUGUGUGCUGUUACACCAAAUAAGAGAAGAGGGAAUUCCCCAACCCAGACACUACCAUUAGCAAAGAUGUCCUGCUAACUAACCAUGGGGAAAAAAGAGAAUGAACUGUCAUGUCUGUUACUAAUGCUGAACACCCCACCCCCCCCCCCCCCCCCACACACACACACACACACACACACACACUUCACACACAUCCCUUCCCUCUUGAGCAGUGUCCCCUUCAUGUCUGGGGCACCAAAGCAAUCGCAAGCUACCAAUAGGCCAGCGUAUUUAUUGUACUUGGGUAAAUAAGUGUUUAUCCACUGUGAAGUCUGUCCCCUGUUUCAUAACACAUAGACACAGAGCUUCUCCCCACCAUUUCACCUCUCCAGUAGUCAUUUCAGGCUGUCAUCAGAGAGCUUAUAUCACGAUCCCUGGCAGGUUGCAGUGGUCAGGAGAAGCGUCUGCCAUAUAAAGCUGUUACAGUGCUUUUUGUUACAAUGAACAAGUGCAGUUUUUCAUGUUGCUCUUGUAUUCUCUGCUGUUUGAAAGAUAGUAAAUGAAGUGAAUGUGUGUUGAACUAGUUUACAGUGCUACUGAAGCUCCACUCAACCAAGAGUGCCUCAACAGUCUGAAAUGAAAUUAUUUUUUUCUCCCAUCUUCUCCUCCCCCACCCCCUCCUCCUAUUUAGCUGUGUUUAUUUUCCCCACUGGAUGAAGAAUUUGCUCGUGUCAAAUCCAGCCAUAGAAGAUGUUUUGGGAUGUUUCUUUCAACUCUUGAGGUGCCCUCAUUGAGUGGGGUUGGCCCAGUGUCCAGGUGUUACCUUUGAGGUUCUGCAUUGAAGGUCUUUCUAUAGAGAAGCUGUCAGGUUUUUAGUUUGGGGUCUCUGCAGGCUGGAGCUUCCGUCAGAAAUGUUCACCUGCUAUUUUUGUUUGUUUUUCUUUUCAUUUUUUGUCCUUUUGUAUGUCUGGAGGAAGGAUCUGUCAUAAAUGUGCAUAAUCCAAACCUUUGUGUUUUACUUUUUCAGUAGGGUGAAUGCAUCAAUUAUGAGGAUGCAUUCUUAAUAAAAUUGAAAAUGCGCAAAAU